AUUUCGCACAUGCGCCCUGGAAAGCGUCGCCAUUAUUCUAUUCGCGAAAGGGAGUGAGAUACUGAAUAACACAACGCGGCACGCUGUAUUGGCGGGCAGACGUAUCGCUUCUCCUACUCGAAGACCAAUAACGCGGGAACACGACCCCGUUCACAAUGGCAGCUACUUGGCUCCUGACGUUCGUGUUGUUCCUCGUGAGUUCUCACGUGUACUCGGCCCCAGCUCACACCGGCAAUGAAGGAUCGGGUACGAAAUCGGAUUUGCCCGUGCAGCAGCUAGAAAAACUUAAAAUGGCGGAAUCCGGCAAGGAGGGUGAGAUGAACAGCGAACACGUGGAAUAUCACCGACUAGAUGCUGUACAGGCGAAUGGUGAGCUGGUCUCAAGGCUAGAACAGCAUGCAUCAGCUGAUGCAGUUGGAAGUGAGAAACCUCAUGUCCAUGCUGAAGCUCAGCUCGAUGUACCAUCUGAAGGUGUCCAUCGAGUGCUAGUCCAAGAUGGCAGCCAUGUCAGCGUACACGACGCAUCUGCGGUCACCACUCCGGCUAACGAAGAGGUUACUACUAAAGUGUUCCAUGGGGCUGCUCGCCUAGUGCAACCCGGACAGGCUACCAAUGUACCAACUGGUCCCCACACCGCUGUCCGAAGAGCUUUCAACGCGGACAUCACCAAGGAAACCAAAAAUAAUAUGGAUCACUAUGCUGCUUACUCCGGCGUCCAGUACUCGCCCCUGGAUAUGGCAGAAUACGUCUUCUGGACCGGUGAUGAACGAGGAGUCACCACUGCUAUUGAAACCUUCCUUCAGGAGGGAAUGAUGACAAAGGAAGAUGCAAUUGCCUUCCUACAAGAGAUCAAGUUCAACAUUGAUUACCUGCGAGCACACUACUCUCAGAAUUUGAAGGCAGCUGAGGAGAGUGCACAACAGGAGAAAUUGAGAAAUAUGCUGAUUGAACAGGCUGAGGCAAAGGAAUACCAGUACCGCAGCCCAGCUCUCCAGUCGUUCCCAUUCGGUAGCAGCCCUGACAUCAUUCGUUCGAUCGCCAACAAGAACUGGGAGUUAAGCAACAACUUGUCGCCCGUGCCAGCCCUACCCGUCAGCAGCGAACUGAGACCUGAAGCCAUCAAGAGGACUUACGAUCCUAUGUUGACCAAUAGCAUGCUGCCUGGAGUGCCGGAGUACGAGCGUGAACCCCAGGGCUUCCCUGAUGAAGAAUAUGAAGAGAUAAUGGACAAACUGAAGCCUACGAACAUUCCCUACAACGAGUACACGCUUGAGGAAAUUAUCUAUCAACUGGCAAAGAUGAUGUUCUCCCAGUCGUUGUCCCGGGACCCUGCUUCAGCUCGCUCGGCCACACGACGCUUCAUGUCUUUCUUAGAAGUUCAGGCAGAGAGGGGACAACUGUCGCGCACCAUUGAGAAGAAAGUGCUUGACUUGAUGAUUGCGGCUCUGACGGACACAAUAAGCGACCAUCCAGAACUGCUGUCCUCACGCGACUCCAUGCCAGCCAAUACACCCAAUAGUCUAAUGGGACAUUUCUACGAAAACAGAGCAGCCAAACCGAACUUAUCCCGAGAAAUACUAACAACAUACAAGAAUGAGCUUCUAAAACCACAACCGCUGCAUACGUUUAAUUAUCAAGAGACAAUGUAAAGUGUAUACCUAAUUAUCUAUCAAUAAUUACGAAUAUAUGACACUUUUCGCAGUGGUAUAUAUUUUGCUAGAACAACUUAACCAAAGAAUAACUUUUACCAAUUCUUAUGGCAAAACUUUUAAAUAAGUACCUACCUACAUACACAUCAUUCGAUAAAACAAUAUACAGUACGUUUUAUUUAAUGAUGUGUGAUAAUUAUGUGUGCGGUAUAAACAAACUGAUACUACCGACAUGCGCGGGAAAAAACAUCGUAGCACGCCAUCUAGUGGUGAUUUCCUAUAAACUGCCGUAAAAUAUGGCGUCCAAAUAGACAAAAACAAUGUUUUAUAGCUUUUGUACGCAGUGUCAUAUCUUCAUAAUUACAAUAACGUAGUACCUAAUUAUUUAUUAUUCUAUAAUUGUAGAUGAUGUUUCUUAGAUAAUAUAAUUAUUGUCCCAUAUUAUUCUCCCUUCAAUCUCCUUGCAUAUUCAUGUUAACUUAAAAAAAGAACAGUAAAUAAAAACAAAAACUUGAUCUCUAAUACUUUUAAAAGGAGCCAAUGUUGUUUUAAAAUUAGUAUUAUAACCUUUAACGUGUUAAGGUAGGUAAGUAAUGUGAAAUAUAUUUUAUGGAAUUUCAAUCCCAACUUUGGAAGAUUCUCUAUUUCAGGUUGACUAAAAGUUGACCGAAAAUUAUUAGGUAAGGGUGUAAGACCAUUAAUUGUCAUAAUAUAAGGAGAGAGAGGCCUAUGAUCGGCAGAGAAUGUAAACCCGAGGAUAAUCUCUACCUUUCCCUUUCAUGUCAGUCUAAAAGACUAUUUUGAGUUACGUAGUCGCGUCUAAAUCCUUUAUUGUAUACCCCAAGAGACUUAUUACAGUAUCAUAAAUAUAAAAUCAAUUAAAUUAUAAAAUCUAGGUACCUACAUUAUAAAAGCAAAAUAUCUGUUAGCUUUGCAUGUAAGACAUUCUCGUUUAGCUUGGUUUAGUAGAUGAAUAUAAGUGCUAAAUGUAAGAUAAUAUUGAAUAUUUAAAUAGUUAGUAUAAUAUUUCUUCAUAUUUUUCUACAAAAUAUUCUUCACCAUUCAUCGCCACGCUACAUAGGUACGUUAUACCUGAGUACCUAAUCUCCAUGAGGAUUCGAAGACAGACAGAAGAUUACAAUAAAAAUCAAUCGCUAAUUUGAUCAUUUUAUUAUUAGAUUUUCAACUUUAUUUUAAAGACAUAAGGUUCAAAAUCUAUUACUAACUUCUCAAAUUAGCGACUGAACUUUGUUGUAAGUAUCCGAAUAUUAAAAAGCACUUGUUAUCGUUGCUGUUGCAAUUCUAUGAUAAUGAUAAAUAAACAAGCGUGGUGAUGAAAUGGUAUUAAUUAUUAUAAUGUGCAAUUUUGUGUUUCAAAUGAGCUUAAAUACUUCACUAAAAGCCACAGAAAAUGCAUAUCAGAAACAUAUCCGAUUAUAGAUCAUUUCAUUUUGAUCAAAAUUUUAAACUGUUAUACAAUUUGGUACAAGGCAAAAAACACUAUGGGAUGCAUCAAUUUACUAUGUCGUUUGAUAAAUUAGAUAGGUAUUGAAAUUAUACAGGCAGUUACGUCAAAGGUAGCAGGAUUUCUUCGACGAUAUUUUAGUAGGAAAAUGCAAACACAAAAUUGCACAUUGAAUAAAGAAAAUCUUUAAACUUUCAGCUACAUACCAAAUCUUAUACGUAUAAGUGAAUAUAUGUAUAGUUUAGAAUUGUGACAUUCUAUUCAAAAAUCACAAAAACACGUUAUAUAACUGUAAGACUUACAUUAUAUUCAGCAUUGUCGGUAUAUUAGUGGUUAGCAAAAUUUAUUAUAUUUAUAUUAUUCUUUGAAAUAUAUUGUGGAUUUAAUAAAAAAUGUUUUAAUGUCA